AUGGUGGAGAAGAAUAUUAAGAUUUUUAUGGAUGACUUUUCUGUUUUUGGGUCUUCUUUUGAUGCUUGUUUGAAAAAUUUAGAUGCGGUGUUACAAAGGUGCAAAGAAUCUAGUUUGGUACUCAACUGGGAGAAGUGUCACUUCAUGAUGACAGAAAUAAUUGUUCUAGGCCACAAAAUUUCUAGAGAUGGUAUUGAGGUGGAUCGAGCCAAGAUAGAAACAAUUGAGAAAUUACCACCUCCAGUUUUGCAUGCUUUUAAAGUACUCAAGGAGAAGCUGACAUUUGCACCAAUUGUGGUGGCUCCAAACUGGAACAUACCGUUUGAAUUGAUGUGUGAUGCUAGUGAUUAUGCGGUUGGUGCAUUUUUGGGGCAAUGUAUUGACAAGGUAUUUUGGUCUAUUUACUAUGCUAGUAGAACUCUUAACGAUGCUCAGUUGAAUUAUGCCACAACAGAAAAGGAGUUGCUAGCCCUAGUGUUUGCUUUUGACAAGUUCAGACCGUAUCUGAUUGGUAACAAGGUGAUUGUGUACACUGAUCACUCCGCUAUCAAGUAUUUGAUUACAAAGAAGGAUGCCAAGCCUCGCUUGAUCAGAUGGGUCCAUUUGCUACAAGAGUUUGACAUGGAGAUUUGUGACAAGAAGGGUAUUGGAAACUUAGUAGCUGAUCAUUUGUCAAGACUUGAAGUGGAGGAGAGUGAGAAUGAGAAAGCAGUGCAGGUUAAUGAUCAUUUUCCUGCUGAGCAGUUGUUUGGGGUGAGUGACAAUUCUAGUGUGCCUUGGUUUUCUGACUUUGUUAAUUUUCUAUUAUCAAAGAUUGUACCUCCUGAGAUGACAAGGCAACAGUUGAAGAAAUUUUAUUCUGAGGUAAAGCAUUAUUACUGGGAAGAGCCUAUUCUCUAUAGGCAUUGUGUUGAUCAAGUCAUUCACCGCUGUGUGCUUGAAGACGAGAUGAAUUCUAUUCUCAGCCAUUGUCACACUAAAAAAUGUGGUGGGCACUUUGGAGCUUCGAGAACGGUAGCUAAGGCUUGUGAUCAUUGUCAGCGCACUGGUCAUAUGUCAAGGAGGAAUGAGAUGCCUCUUAAUGUGAUAUUGGAAGUUGAGCUCUUUGAUGUUUGGGGCAUUGACUUCAUGGGACUUUUCCACCAUCCUUUAAUAAUGAAUAUAUUUUGCUUGCUGUUGAUUAUGUUUCCAAAUGGGUGGAAGCUGCUGCCACGAAGACCAAUGACGGGAGGUAAAAGUAUCCUUGAGAAGACUGUGGAUGGCUCUAGAAAGAAUUGGUCCAAGAAGCUUGAUGAUGCACUUUGGGCGUAUAUGACAACAUUCACAACACCUAUUGGAAUGUCACCCUAUUGUUUGGUUUUUGGGAAAGCCUGUCACUUUCCAGUUGAGCUAGAACACAGGGCUUAUUGGGCUAUGAAGAAAUUGAACUUUGAUUGGAAUGCUGUUGGUGAAAAUAGGCUUUUACAACUGAAUGAGCUUGAUGAGUUUAGAAAUGAAGCCUAUGAGAAUGCAAAGAUUUACAGGGAGUGA